AUUAUAGUAUAACUUAUCUGUAUGUAACGUUGUUAUAGCUGAGACCUUCAACAGAAAAUAUACUUUGAACACACGUGGGUCAAUAUUGUCAAUAAUUUUGUUGCUUUUAAAAUAAUUAAUUUUAAAAAUGAUUAAAACUAAGAAACGAUCAUCAGAGAAUAGUUCCGAAGGUCCGACCAAGAAAAAAUCUAAAAAAAUGCAUCUAAAUAAGACUGCAUACCCACCGGUAAAGGACGAAGUUUCAAUUAAGGCAAACAAGCAAGGCAACAAAACCUCUAAACCACACUCAACUCGAAAGCCAAUAAAAGGUAAACUUCCUUUAAAAGCAUCUGGUGAACCUGGUACAGGGAAAAACCUUAAAAAAAUUAUUGGAAGAAAUGGUGGCUCUGGCAAAUUUGGAAAGAAUAGAAUAGGUGAAGAUGGCGCCACAUAUGUUGAAGGCGAAAAAACAGACUGGCGUAAAUUUAAACAAGAGAAAAAAGAAUUACAACUCAAGCGUAAACAAGCUAAAGGAUCCUAUGAAGUAUUGGUAGAAGCAAAGAAAAUUUAUGAAAAGUUAAAAUGUCGACGUACAGAAAAUAAACCGGAGCAGGCAGGGAAACUAUAUGACGUUUUGAAUCGUGGCGAUGUGAUAAAAAAAUUAAUAAUGGCUCAUGACACAGCUCGUAUCAUCCAAUGUAUGUUGAAACAUGCGUCGCCUUCAAUUCGGGAACAACUUUCAGAAAAAUUGUUACCAAUGGUCGUUGAAAUGUCUGUCUCUAAAUAUUCACACUUUUGCGUACUACGAAUGUUCAAAUACGGCUCACCAAAUAUCAAAUCACAACUUGUCAAUAGUUUUAUGGGAAACGUCAUACGCCUAGCUGGUCAUAACAUAGCGAGUAAAAUACUGGAUUAUGCCUAUCACACUGUAGCUUCUCCAAAACAACGCAUGUAUCUUCGUCAAGAAUUCUAUGGAGAAUUGUAUCGUGGUUCCAAAGACGAUAACGUGAAAACUCUGGCUGAUACGUAUAAAAACACUCCUAAUAUGAAGAGGUCUAUUUUAGGUGCAGUUAAGUCCAACCUCGAUCAUUUGGCCAACAAGCAGUUGGUAGAUAAUUCCCUGGUGCAUGCAGUGAUUUUAGAAUACCUAAGAGAAUGUGAGGAGGAAAAAAUACAGGAAACAGUCUGUGAAUUCGCGCCUCUUAUACCUCUUAUGUUAACUACUAAGGAUGGGACCCAAGCAGCAAUAAUCUGUUUUUAUAAGUCUCCGCCAAAAAAUCGUCGAGCUAUAAUAAAAACUAUUAAGGAACACUUGGUUAAAAUUAGUACGCAUGAGCAUGGUCAUAUUUUUUUAUUGGCAUUAAUAAACUCUCUUGACGACACAAAAGCAACUAAAAAAGCUAUAUAUGAUACCUUGCAUCCAGAAUUAGAAACACUGAUGAGAAAUCAGUGGGGUCGCCGUCUCAUUGAAUGGUUUGUGGCACCUGCAGAUACCAACUGUUUCCAUCCCAGCUUUAUCGCGAGUAUUGAAGAUGGUUUGCAAUAUGGAAAAAAAGACAAAGAUACAAGGCGUAAGGAAAUUUUAGAACAGAUUGAAGAACCUUUAGCCAAUGCGAUUGCUGAAAAUCCCAAAUUUUGGCUUUCUAAUCGACACAUAGGUCUUGUCACCGCUACGAUAUUGAACAAAUUAAGUCAAGAGCAUUUCGAGAAAGCUAUUUCCGCCAUCAUCAAUGUUGUUAUCGACCCAACGUGGACUGUAACAGUAGGAGAGGAAAAAGUUCAAAACACCACAAGUGCUUACGAUGUAGAAAAAACCAUUGCAGUAGCCGUAGAAGAGAAAAAGCAAAAACGCUUAGCAUUCGGCGCUGAGAAAUUUGAGCAACAAGAUGAGUCAACUGACGAUGAAACUGAUAACAAAGAAGGGGAAGAAGCAGUCAUUACAAUCCCAGGCAUUGAAGAAUCUGGUCUACAUGUCGUACUGAAAAAGAUUAUCAAAAAUGAUAAAGAACGCAUAGCGACAAAUAGCGAAGUAUCAACUUUUGGGUCUAUUCUUGUAAAAAAACUAACCAACGAUACGCUACAAAACUGGUUAAAUGUUAACCGUGCAUGCUUCAUCUUGCUGAACGUUUGCGAGCAAAACAGUGAAUCAACAAUGUUUUCACUUAAAGAUCUUCUGAAACCGCUACUCCGAGAGUUGAAAAGAGGUACCGGAGCCGGGCAAAAAUUAUUACUGCAUAAAAUGGAAAUUUAAGUUUACAUUUUGAGUUUUAUUUUAACGUGUACUGCACAAUUUUUAUGAUUAUUUGUCUGUUAACGAUAUAGAUGUAAUAGGGAAGCAAAUAACAUUUACAAACAGAUAAAUAAAAUGUGAAAUCACUCUUAA